GUCAAUCAGAGGGCAUCGCUUCCUGCCGCGGCGGCUCGGAUUGUGGUUCGUUUCCAUCAUUUUCAGGUUUGAAAUCUCACCCGCCCUGUGGACUCCCAUUCAUUUUGUAUGCCCGAGGUUUUAUAUAUUAUUAGAUGCAGGUCAACAUGUUGGCAAAAGGGAUAAAACGAAAAUUUUCUGAAGAACAAGUUCUGGAUGCGUGUCUUGAUCCUGUUGGCAGCAAUGUUAGUUUGCCGUAUAACUUGCAACGUCAGUCACUUCUAAAUAUCUCAUUGUUCAAACUUCAGCUGUGCAAAAUGCUGGUGGAACCAAACCUUUGUCGCUCAGUGCUUAUAGCCAACACAGUGCGACAGAUCCAGGAGGAAAUGAUACAAGAUUGCAGCUGGCAGGGACAAACGGCUUUCACAGGAAGUGAUCUAUACGUAGGUCAUACUUCCUCAGAUAGUCUAAUUGCCACAGAUUUCUUAUGUACUCCAACAAAAGAGCUACAUGUGGAAAGUUCCACUGCCUCCGCAAGUAAUACCAGCAUUGUUACUAAAAGCAAGGUAAACUGCUCAUCUUGUGAGAAUAUUACUUGUUCUGCAGCUGCUGCUUCUGUUAAAGACACCAGUACUGUAAAAGAUCUGAUUCAAGUGCAUUUUGAAAAUGAUCUGAAUAUGUUGGAAUCUGAGGACCAGCAAGUGGAUCUGAAGGAGUGUCCAAAGCCCUUGGAUCAAGUAUUCGGGAGUUUUGAGAUUGCAAAUUACUCCAGCUCUCUCACAGACAUGACAAUAGAUGAUUUGUUUGCGGAUAUUGAUACUUCCUGGCAUGAGCUUGACUCAGUUAUGUCUGGGUUGAUGACCAGUCCAAAAACGACACCAGUCAUAUUUGAAUUACUAAAUGGCUUGCCAUCACACACAUCAACACCCAUAAAUUCUGCCCAAAACUGUAAAACAGAUUUAACUGAGCUUGAUCACAUCAUGGAGAUUAUUGUUGGGUCCUAAGCUUACGAAUUUUCUUCAUUUUUAAGAUACUUGUAAAUCACCUGAUUUUUGAUUUGUAUCUCUCUUGUAAAGUUUUCUGACCAGUUUUUAAUAAGGACAAUGUCACUACCAGUGCUCAGAUAAUGCCUUUUGCUUGCAGUGCUUUCAUUGUGUUCAUUCUUCUAUUUGUCAGAAUUGUUAAAACUAAAAUGGUACAUAUUUUGAUACACCAUUAAAUAUAUAUUUUAAUACAAAUUAGCUUUUUCACAGUUUCAAAAGUUCCCUGUUUGGAAUUUUUACUUCUCAUAGUUUAAAAUAAUAUCUUGUUUUGUAUCUGAACAAUGUGAUUCAAAGAAGUUUUAUGAAAUGUCUUCCUUAGCUGUGCCAAGUAAAGAUCACACCUUCUGUUUAAAUAAAACUCUUGCAUUUUCAGAAUUACCACACAAAUGGAACCCUUUCAAUUCUACAUGGUAAUUAAGAAAAAAUAUAAAAAGGGAAUUGUCACUAUAAAAUAUAGGGAAAAUAUACUUGCAUUGCUGUCUUACUAGCACAAAGUUCUUAAUUAUAAUCUUUGAAUUCAUUGUAUUAAUAGUUGUAUGCGCUAUAAUGGUAUUGAAUUGUUUCCUUGCUAGAUUCUCUGUGGACUUGACAUGAAAAUGUUCCACUUUGUUCUGUGUAAUCGCAACAGUACUGUGAAUCUGGGCACAGAAGACCACGCUGACUAAAGAUUGAAAAUUGUGAAAAUUUAAAGGUUUAUUCUGAAUAUUUUUUUAAAAAAUGCAGCGCUUAUGAUUUAUACUUUAUGGUGCAUAUUAUUUCAAAUUAAGCCACUUCUUGCAUUUAUAAAAGCCAUAUUUUCUGAUGGUUGGAUAGUUAGCACAAGCUGAAUUCUAAUUGGGACUGUUGAUCUAAGUUAUUAAAAGCGUUAUUUAUUUAUUUAAGUGAAUAUGAUACAUUUGUGAAAUUUUGGGUUGCAGCACACAACGGAUUAUAAUUAUGAAUCCUGAUUUGAAAGGCAAUUUUUUAUUUCAGUUUGUAAGCAUUGUAGGAGCUAUUUAAAAAAAAAUCAGAAUUCUUUUCAAGCAGUAUUAUAUAGAGUUGCUCUCUUUAAAUAAAAGCAUUAGAAACAUGUUCAGUAUAUUAAUAGCUGUAACUACUAACUUGUAAGUCCCAGAAAAAAAAUAUUAGGUUAGGUUUUAUUAAACAUGUUAAAGUUAAUCUAUUUUGUAUUAUUCAUUAAUAAAGAACAUUUUAUUAGUCUUUAAGCAAUAACAUAGAGCCUGAAACAUUAAUGUACACUUUUGACAUUUGUAAUUGUAUGCUAGAUUUUUUACUGAAUUAUAUAUGUUAAAUAAAAAGAUUACAUCUAUUUUUGAAUAAUUAUUUACUAUAUUAAUUAUACUUGCAAGCUUCGAAAGUGUUUUUCCUUCAUCCUAUAAAUCAAACUUUUUUUGUUUUGAAUUGUGUAUUCUAAGAUUAGCAAGGUUAAUAUUAUAGAAAUAGCACAUUUUUCCUGACUCCUUAAAAGAAAUCCUAUUGUGAGUAAAAAUAAAUUAUUUGAGGAAAAAUAAUGAUCAGUAUUUUCAUUGUAUUGCCUCUUAUGUAGGAAUUGGAGCCAUUAUUAUAAGGACUAUAAAGGUGUUUUGGAUUGAGAAAAGUGUUUAGUUCUUUGUGAUAUCCGAUGCUGUCUGUGUGGAGUUUCUACAUUCUUCCUCAGACUGCAUGCCAUUUGCCUUCUUAACUAUUUGUUGGACCUGCCUGCUAGCUUUUUGUGAUUCACGCAGUAGAACACCUAGAUUCUUCUGCACUUCACUCACAAUGUCUCUCCAUGUAGAUAAUCUGCCUUUUGAUUUCUUUUACUGAAAUGCAUGAUGUCACAGUCCCCCACAUUAAACUCCAUUUGCCAGUCUUUUGCCCAUUCACUGAAUCUAUCUGUAUCUUGUUGCAGAAUCAGA